AUGUCUUCUUCCUCCACUUCAAGUACUCGAAUUCCACUUCUCAUCUUCAAUUUCUUGUUUUGUACCUCUGCAUUUGCUAUAAACCAAAGCUUACAUCCCUUUGAAUCCAUAUACCCGUUUGGAGAUUCACUCUCAGACACAGACAACAAGAUUCGUCAGCCUGGUGCAACUUCAUCUUUUAACGUGUCCAAUUGGCCUUAUGGCUGGAAAAAGUCUCUUAUCAUUCUGGGAGAAAUUGGUGGAUGUGAUAACAACUACGCACUCUCAAAUGGCUGGUCAACAGAGGAGGUUAAAAAGCAUUUAGUGCAGUUCAUUGUUGAAGCCAUUUUGAAAGCUGUUAGAGAAGUAAUUCAACUUGGAGCUAAUUUUGGAGUUGUUCCAGGAAGCCCUCCAGGUGGAUGUUUGCCUAAAGUUUUGACUGAGUUUCCUAGUACUGAUCCCAGUGCUUAUGAUGAUAAUGGCUGUCUGAGAGAGAACAAUGAAUUCGCCAUGUUCGUCAACGAUUGUCUUCAGAGAGGUUUAGAUUCCCUGAAACUUGAAUUUCCUGGUCAUUCUCUAUUUUGA